AUGCAUAAGUUCGUUCGCAACUUAACCCGGCUGCAACAAGUUUCUCUGCGACCCUUGUUUCAGGGCCUAUCCCACAGCCCGGUAGCACCCGGACCCUGGACUGGGAAGGGGAGUCCUAGCCUGUGUCAUGUGAGCACAUCAGCAGUGGCCAGGCAGGACAAUGCAGUGCGUCCACAGCAGCCCGAAAACUCAGAUCCUUUCCAAGACAAGUCCAUCGGGCUGGUCCAACGCUUUAAGAAAACCCUGAAGCAGUAUGGGCCAGUCAUGAUACCUGUGCACCUGGUGACGUCCUCCAUCUGGUUCGGGGCGUUUUACUAUGCAGCCAUGAAGGGUGUGAAUGUGGUCCCCCUACUUGAGCACGUCGGCCUCCCAGAGAAGGUCGUCAAGCUCAUGGAGGAAUCCCAGAGUGGACAUGCCAUCACCGCCUUAACCCUAUACAAGGUGAGGGUCCCAGCAUGCCUGGAUGGGGGCUGUUUGUAAGAAGCCCCCAGGUUCUGCGCGAGUGUUUAGGUAAGUGAGCACUUACUGAUGUAUUCUCUAAUCUUCUUGUAGAUUGCCACUCCAGCCAGGUACACUGCCACACUGGCAGGGACAUCCAUCGCUGUGAGAUAUCUGCAGAAACUUGGCUUCAUGUCAACUGUGCCCCCAGCCAAGAACAACAUGCAGGACAAAGUGGAAGACCCUAUGGAUCG